AUGGCCAACGCUCGCAACGAGUUCCCGAGGAACCGCGAGGACUUCGAUGCGGACGAGCGCAUCUCCUGGUCCAAGCCUGACAAUAAGUUCAUCUUGGAGGAGGCCAACGGCAACGAGUGGGAGUUUGACGACAGGCUGAAGAGAUGGGUCCCUACGGUGGACAAGGAUCUCUUGGAACAGCAGGGCAAAGCCUACCAGGUCGCUGGUGUCGACGAGUCUGAGGAUGUCAGCGAGCAAAUCAAGGCCAAAAAGAGGAAGAUGAAUGGCGGAGGCGAGGGUCUAAACCAGCCUCGCAAACGCCGAAAGCGUCAGGGGAAGAAUCCCCAAACCAGCGCCAGCUCCGCCGUCUACGCUACGUCCAUCCCCCUGGAUGCUACCUACGAAGACAUCGACAAAGUCUUCUCCAAGUAUGGCAUCAUCCUCGAGAGCCCGGACAGCGAGAAGAAGAGGAUCAAGAUGUACACCGAUGAGCAAGGCAACUUCAAGGGCGAGGCUCUGAUCAUCUAUUACCGCCCCGAGUCUGUUCCCAUGGUCAUCAACAUGCUAGAUGACACUGCCUUCGACUUCAAGCAAGGCGCCAAUGGCAAUAUGAGGGUUCAGGUCGCGGACUCAUCCUUCAAGAAACAGAAGGUGGUCGAAGGCGAUGAAAAGCCAGCCUGGGCACCCAAGAAGACGGACAAGCAGAGGGCUGAUGCAAAGAGGAAGGAGAUGCAGGACAAAUUGACCGACUGGGGUGACAAUGAUGGCUACGAGCUUCCCACUGCUUCUGAUGGCGCUGGCACGCGCUGGGAGAAGACUGUCAUCCUGAAGCACAUGUUCACACUCCACGAGCUUGAGGAGGACCCCGAGGCCGAAGACGACAUUCAGGCAGACAUCAUGGAGGAAGCCAUGAAGUUCGGCGAAGUUGAGAAGCUCUACGUGUUCAAUGAGGAACCUGCAGGCGUUGUGACCGUCAAGUUCACCGAUCAGGCUGCGGCCAAGCAGUGCGUGAGGGCCUUCAACGGUCGCAGUUUCGACGGCCGUACGGUCCUGGCUUACAUCGCGGACGGCAAGGAGCUGUUCAAAAAGAGCAAGAGGGAUGACGAGGCGAAGGAGAAGGCUCGCUUGGAGCAGUUCGGCAGGGAGCUUCAGUCCGGAGCCUUGGCCAAGGAUGUCGACGGCAAGAACGACAAGAGCGGCGAAGAUUAG